AACUGCGAGAAAAUGUCCUUCAGAUUUGGCCAACAUCUCAUCAAGCCCUCAGUGGUGUUUCUUAAAACUGAACUGUCCUUUGCCCUCGUGAACAGGAAACCUGUCGUACCAGGUCAUGUUCUCGUAUGUCCCCUGAGGCCAGUGGAUCGCUUUCAGGACUUGCGUCCUGAUGAAGUGGCUGAUUUGUUUCAGGCAACCCAGAGAGUUGGUAUGGUGGUGGAGAAACACUUCCACGGGACAUCUCUCACAUUUGCUAUGCAGGAUGGUCCUGAAGCUGGACAGACUGUGAAGCAUGUUCAUGUGCAUGUUCUUCCCAGGAAGGCUGGUGACUUUCGCAAGAAUGACAGCAUCUAUGAUGAGCUCCAGAAGCAUGAUAAAGAAGAGGAGGACUCCCCGGCCCUGUGGAGGUCAGAGGAGGAGAUGGCAGCAGAAGCUGCAACUCUCAGGGUGUACUUCCAGUAAUGCAUGAAAGAAACUUGAACAAAUCCCAAGGCAAAAGGAAAAGGCCUCAUUCUCUAGGACUGCAGCAUUGGAAAUGAAGCUAAGCUGACUUUAUUAUAUCACACGAUUCUGCAACCUUUUGUGAAGCAUUUUAUUACACUUGUGGAAGUUAUCAGAGUUAUGGUUCAAUUAUGAUGACUGACAGGCUAACUUCAAAGGGCCAGCAUUUGCCCUUCCACAUCCUUUGCCUAUGUACUUAGAAUAGAACCUUUCCUAAAUUGAUCCUUGGCCUGGAUGGAAAUAAAAUGAUAGUUAAAAUA